AUUUAGUUGGGGCGAAAAGUUUUCAGGUGCGUUGGCGUUUUGUUCCUGCCAUCCUGGUGUUUACAUUAUUUCCAUUCCACGACCACAUGACUAUCUCCCAUAAUGGCAAUGAAAAAUUACAAUAAUAACCAGCAAGCAAUGAUUGGUCCUCAAAUGCCUUCUAAUCGAAUGGAUCCAAACACCAACAAUGCACCACUAAGCUUCAAUAUGAACAAAGGGAGGCCACCCAUGGGUAUCAUGAUGGAUGGCAAUCGUAAUGAUCCUUCUGGUGCAAGUCCCUCAGGAGGAAUGAUGGGGGGUUCUGACGGUGGUAAUAACAACAACAACAUGAUGAUGGGAAGCCAGGGCUACUACGGCCCCAUGGGUAACAUGAUGCAGAACCCCAUGAUGGGUCCAGAUCCCAAUAUGAUGAUGAUGUUUAACCAGUACGGAGGCUGGGGUCCUAUGGGACCUGGUGGUCCAGGAAUGGGGCCGGGUGGUCCUAUGAUGGGUGGCCCAGGGUCAGAGUUCAUGCCGAAGGAGAUCAUGACUCUCAAGUCGAGUGUUCUCUAUCCCCCUCCUCAGAAUGCUCCUCCUCAGACAACCAGAGAACGACCAAUGGGGUGUAGAACUAUAUUUGUUGGAGGUUUACCUGAGAAUGUUACAGAAGAAAUGAUUGCAGAGAUAUUUGAAAACUUUGGGAAUAUUGUCAGUAUUCGCAAAGGCAAAAAGAACUUUGCUCAUAUCCGAUACGAGAUGGAGGACAGUGUGGAGAGGUCUAUGUUUGUGUCAGGAUACAGAAUGAAGAUAGAAGAUAAGGAUGAUAAACCAAACACAGGCCGUCUCCAUGUCGACUACGCUCAGGCCAGGGAUGACCAGUAUGAGUUCGAGUGUAAACAGCGUGCAGUGAUACGUGAGAUGCGACACUACCAGAGGAUCGAGGAGGAUAGACUGCGACCUCCCAGUCCACCCCCAGUAAUACACUACAGUGACCACGAAUCCCUUACACUGCUGGAGAAACUGAAAUCUGAUGCAGAGUACCAGAUGGCAAACAAUGUUGUAAUCACAUGGCUGGAGCGUGGAGAUCUGACCAAGCGGAACGUAGCCAACUUCUACAGUCUGAUUCAGUGCACUAACUCACAGGUCCGCAAACUUCUCGGCGAGAAAAAUGAGGCUGAACAAGAUGUACAACGAGCCAAGCAGAAGUUCCAGACAGCAUUUGAAGGCAUCAUUCAGCAAUUCGAUCAGAUUGAGCGGGUGUUUUCUUCCGCUCUCAAACAGAGGAAUUGGGAUCAUUUUUCUAAGGCUCAGCGCAAGAACAUUGAGCUUUGGCACAAACAACUACAGGAGAUCAAGAAACAACAGCAGGAAGAGUUCCUAGGAUCUCGUGAGGAAGAUGACAUGGAGAUGUCUGAUAAUGACGAGGUGUGUGAUCCUUCUACUGCCAAGAAGAAGAAGAUGGACGAUCAGAUUGCCGCCUCAACUCUACACAUACAAGAAAACCAGCUUACAUUCCUGCGAGAGGACAACGAGGCACUGAAACGCCAAGUGGAAGCCUUCCAGAACGAGACACAUCUGAUCCGUCAGGAGAACAAGGACGCUCUGCAUGAGAAGGAAAACCAGAUGAAGAUGUUACAAACUGUAUUACAAGGCAUGCAACAGCAACUGAUCCAGACUCGUAUGAAGAUCAAGGAGCUAGAGAAGUACAAGGCACUGGCGUCCAAGUCUGGCAGUAGUUCUGGGGAGAAGUCGAAGGAGAAAGCAGCAGAAAAGUCUGGAGACAAAGAGAGUACAGAGGACAAAGACAGUACAGAGGAUCAGACAGAGACAGAGGAAGAUACAACAGAACAGGUUACAACAGAGGAUAGCGAGGAGACAAAGGCUGAGAAAGUACCGGUGACAGACAUCCCAUUCUUAAACUUAUCAUCUCUGACCAGCAGUGGUAACAGUCUUAAUAUUACAGAGAAGGAGGCCAAGUUAAUAGGUUUGAUUUGCUGUUUCCUCCAUGUCCAUCCUAACGGAGCUAGUGUUGAUUACAUCUGGUCAUAUCUACAUCAGCUUGGGGUAUCGUCACGCACCAGUGAACUUGAAGACUUGAUGGAAAGAUUACCAGUGCUGUUCAAACUUGUAAUGUCCGGUGUUGGGGCCACCAUUGAGAAGAGGUGGCAGUUCUUGGGGUACCAGUCCACGACGGUACCAUUUCUCUCUGUGUAGGGACAUUGACACACUCAUUCAACUCCAUGUUAAUUCUACAAAAUCCAAACAGUUUGUGAGAGGCACUGUUUGGGAGAAUUUUUAACGAUCCCUGCCAUUCCAUAUUGCAGCUGUAACCAAUGAAAAUCAUUGUGUGGUAACUUCUGGUAUACAGCUCUCAAUAGAAAGCAUUUUAUUACAACAACUGCAUUGACACUUUGUGAAAUAAAUGAAAAACUUUGAGAGUUCACCAAACUAAGAGUUCUUCAGUGGAUGCUAAUUUUAUUAGGGAUAUAUUUCGAGAUUGUUAAUGAAAAAAAAAAAAACUGCAGUUCUUAAUUAUAAGUCACCACCAUGAAAACUAAGAUUAUUCGCUUGAAGGGCCUAGAAUAAGGAAUGGGUUAUAGGGGCUAGAAUAAGGAAUGGGUUAUAGGGGAAAGGGAAUCUUUCAUUGGGGUUUCAGGUUGGGAUGGGAUAGGGGAAUCUCCUAAGAGGGUGAGGGUAAGAUGUAGAAAGGGAAAUGAGAAUUGACGAGGCGAGUAUAUAUGGUGAGUUCCUAUAGAUAUUAACAAUGACGUACCAAGAUGUUUUAGACCCAGAGCAGACAUUUUACUUUGAUGUAUUAUUUGAUGUGCUGUAAUUAUGUAAAAAGUUGCUUAAUCUGCAGUUUUAAUAUUCUUAAGAUUACUACCAAGUAGUAUUACAAUUGGAACUGUUGCUUGUAAACUUACUUUCCUUUAAAUGUCUACAUGCGUAAACAGUUUUAGUUUGAUGCUUUGAUGCCAAAGUUUGACUUGAAGCUACAACUGUUAUAUGAUCAGACCUUGUCAAAACAUCGUAAAGAAGACUUUAGUUUAAAUCUUCAUAAUUGCUCUAAUAAGAUUUUGUGAAGUAAGUGGGUGUGUGUAUUAUAACACUUCACACAUCACAUUAUGUGAAGUAAGAGUGUGUAUUAUAACGCUUCACACAUCAUGUCAUGUGAAGUAAGAGUGUGUAUGUGUGUACAUGUAUAGAAUCCAUGUAUAGAAUAUUUGUGUUGUUCAAUCAUUUUCAUUAAAUAAUGCAUUGUUAAGGUAGCAGUAUGUUUUAGUUCCUGAAACUGUUUCAUUAAAUAACGAUUUUGUUUAAGGGUAGCAUAUAAGUGAUUUGUAUAGCAGUAAUAGUAUCAAUGUGUAAGAUAUCUUGUAGUCUAUAUGUUUUACUGGACAUUUUUAUUCAUCAUGAUGUAUACGGGGUCCAGUUCUGUUUGCUCUCGUGACACACUUUAACAAAGUAUCAAUGUCAGAAUUAACAAAGAUUUUAUGACAGAAUUACUACUACUACUGCAGACAAACCAUUUUGUCCUCAUGAAUGAAAAAGCCCUUGGAAUAGUCAAAUUGUGUAACUAGUUAGGCUUGUUAAGUGUUUUGCUAUAUGUAUGUUUUUAUUGUCCGUUAAGGUUCAUUGAUGGACAGUGCUUAUCAUGAUCACCUUAACAUUUAUUAUAUUACCGUUACCAUGGAUAUCAUAGAAUGAAAAUGAUUUACUUGUGUAUGUAAAUGUCAUUGUAUGUACAAAUUAAACAAAUAUUUUCAAAUUGA